AUGGAUAUUCAGCGCCAGAAAUUCCCAAACGUGCACUGGAUCUGUUGGGGAGGGAUCUCCUUCACUUACGAGGUCCACCCUCGCAUCGUGGUCAAGGCCCCAAGAUCUGGGGAAUUUGAGGGAGACCAAUUCAGAAAAGAGCUCGAGAUACAUCAAAUAUUCUCGGAAAGUCCACCUUGCCCGUUUAUUGUGCAAUGUAUUCAUGUUUCCGAGAAGGGUAUCUUCCUUGAGUAUAUGAGAGAUAAAACGCUCAAUCAAAGAAUGCAAGGCAAUCAUAUAAUGGACCGUAAAACCAUGAUUGUUACAAAAGUAGAAAAACUUGAACCUCUGCCUUUACGAAAAGAAUGGAUGAACGACCUCGCUCAGGCUAUUGCGUUCUUGGAAUCGCUGGGUCUUGCUCACGGCGAUCUACGACCUGAUAAUAUCCUUAUUGAUCGCGACCGAUUAAAGCUUUCUGACUUUGAUUGUACGGCAAAUUUUGGAUCAUACCACGAAGCAUGCACACCUCCGUAUGGUAGAUUGCUCAAUGAAACGGAAGCGGAGGAAGGAGCACGUGGGACUUCUGGCUCUUUGGGUCCUCGGACAGAGCAGUUUGCCCUUGGUUCCAUAUACUACUAUAUAAAUUAUGGGUUUGAGGUUUAUGGAGACCGAUGUCUGACUGAGGACCCUCGUGAACAUGGUCCCAAGGCAGUGGAUUUGCUAAUUAACAUGGAGUUUCCGACAUUGAAUGGGAAUUCACGAAUUGACGAUAUCAUCUACAAAUGCUGGCAUAACAAAUAUGCCACAAUUUCAGGUUUGGCCGCGGAUACAAAAGCGCUUUUGGAUGAAGAACCCUGCACCGGAAGCAACGGAGAGGGAAAUAGCACGGAAGAAAACAACAGGGAAGAAAAGACAGAGAUAGAAGACCCCUCUGGAGACGGAUUCGAGGGAUUUCCUUCAAAAAAGGAAUUCUGCCAAGACCUGGAGAAACGUGGACUUGUCGACCUACUUUGCUCAGGUGAGCCCAAGGACAUUGGAUUCAAAUUUGAGUGGUAUAGACAUAGUCUUGGAGGUUAG